AAAACCCCUCUCAAACUACCUGCUACGCCGACUGCGACACCGUAUCUCCUCCGACCGAGCCGAAGGUUUCCGUAGGGCUGAGCCGCGUAAACACAGCACCUUUUCGCCCAUUGUCCAUAACAACGCACCUCGAGCGCCCUCGAGAGGGACCCAGACGCAAAUAUGCCUAUUGGGCGGAUAACACAGAGCUAUAUCCAGAAGUGCAAGAUCUCGUUACACUUCUUGCAGGUCGUAUUCAUCUUCAUAGCAGGAUGCCUUACGAUUGCUGUCAUGACGAAGGAUGGGACCAUUGGCGGUCCUACUAAGUACUUUUUCGCUAUGUGCUUUCUGUCAAUACCAGCGAUCAUAUACCUCGUUAUGGUGCCCAUGUGGAGUCGAACUAAGAAGUUCGCGAACGCAUACGGUUUUCUUGCAGUCGACUUGCUCUACACAAUAUUGUGGUUUGCAGCUUUUAUUGCGGUCGCAAUGUGGAAUUCGACAGGCAUCAAAGAAGGCGCCAAAGAAAAGAACAUCGGCGACAAUGACCGCAACUGCACCACUUUCAAGUAUGGUAGUGAAGCCAUGUGCAAUAUCAGCAAAGGCGCGGUCGGUAUUGGCGUCAUGGUCUUUAUCUUCUUCGCCCUGACGAGCGCCAUCUCUGGCUACUACAUGCACAAGUUCCUCCGCGAAGGCGUCCUCCCCUACGAAUCCAAAGAAGAGAACCCCUACUACGCAAGCGGCGACAACAGCAAAGACAACGCCUGGUCCACUGAGAUCGAGACCCAUGACUCCGACGACGACGAUAGACACACCGAGCGCGGCGGCAACCAGGAGGAAGACGAGUAUGCGCUCUUGCACUCAACGGAGACAGAUCAGGGCAGACAUCCAGGCCGGCCGCUGAGCUGGGGUGAGGAUCGGAACGGCGAGCCGUAUGACAGACCGACGGGCUAUGCGGAUUACAGGAACAGCACGAAUGCGUAUGGCACAGAUGCGCUUUCGCCUGGAGGGUAUACACUUGGUGGUGGGUAUGAAGAGUACCGGCGCGAGACGGACGCGAAUUUAGGCGCAAGUGUCGGUUCAGGUGACAGGGCGCCUAGUCGUGCUUCACACGGUGGGAGUGGAUAUAGCUUCAGUGGGGCAAACAACGUAUAAGGCGAGCUUGAGGAAGAGCGGUCGUACUGCCGUCCAGUUUGACGAUGGAGAGAUCGUGUUUGAGCGUUUCUGUAAGCAUAGAAUUAUCCUCCAGGGUCUGGUC